AUGUCGAAACUAAAAAAUCUAGCCCAAACGGAUUUAUCCAAAAUAAAUGCCUUUUCCUUGGACUCGCUGGCCACACAUCAAUCGGUCAAUGUUGAACACAAUCUCCGUUUGGUCAACCACUUGAUCGACAAUAUUUUCGAAGAUCGCAAGGGCAUUUGUGAUAUAUCCUCCUCACAAUGUUCAAGUUUGAAAAUACAACCAUCCGAAUAUAGUUAUGAUAAACGUCUGAAAUAUUGGAAAGCGGUACUUAGAGAUCGAGAAAAAUUAAAAUUGGAAAUUUACAGGAAAACCAAAAAAUCUCCUUACAAGGAUGUGGUACUUUGCAAUAAUCAUGCCACCACAAUCGAUGAUCGGGAUAAACAAACCAUUAAGAGAAUAUUUGAUUAUGCUGAACGUUUAGAUCCUGAGAGGUUAUGUACGAGGAAAAUCAACACUUUGCCCGCAAAAUGCGAACCGACCACAUGUCAAACUAUAAUGGAGAUUGAGGAAACUCUACCCAAAGCGGAAAGGGAGAAGACUACGAAAUUGGAAAUUUGUGGUUUACCCAAGGUAACAAGACAGGAGAUAUUGGGUAAGGAGGACUGUACCGAGAAGUAUCCGAGUAAGUGGUUGAGCUCCAAACAUUUGGAGAGACGAAUUGAGCAACAUCGUGAAAAUAUAGAACGUGUCGUAGAAUUUUAUCCGGAUAUUGAAAAUCUACAAAUUGUAGGUAAAGGCCUCAUAAAGUCGCCACAGGGUGGUUUACAACAUAAUUCCAAAAUUCAAUUAUUGCUGCCCGAGGCAAAAAUCUGUGAAAUAUCCUCCGAGUCCAAAGAGGAUUGUGAAGUUCUCAAUAGGCCAUGCCCUCAGGAAGAAGAACCAAUUCCGUCAAAACCCAUUGAAUAUGGUUUCAAAAUUAAUGACCAAAUUUAUAUUUUGGAGAAUUAUGACGGAAAACAAAACAAAUCUAUGGAGAUUGAAGUAAACUUCCACAGCCAUCCCUUUGAGGAGGAAGUGAAAAAGGUCUUGGUUAUGCAAAAUCUGGGCCAGAAGAUAUUAAAUUUUAAAUGGCUUCACUGUUGUUAUUACAAAAACAAUGCAGCCUUAUUGAAAUCCAUGGACAAUGAAUUUGUGUUCGACAAUCGCCCAUUUCGUCUGUGUCGGGGUGAAAUCAAGGAAAUUUCGGUUUUAUAUCGACCCCGCAAGGUGGCUUUAAUUAAAAGUAAAUGGCAAUUGAAAGUGGAUCCUGGAUUUUUCAAAACCAAAACGCAGGGUAUUAUUUUGAAACUCAGCGGCAACUGUGAACCCCAUGCGGAAUAUGUUAAGAAGCUUGAGGAGUUACAAUCGGACGUAAUUGGUAAAUCGAAUAUGAAAAUGAUGCGUAAAUUAACCCAUAUCCUUGGUGAUCUAUCGCCUGCUGCAGUACCUCCUUCCUACUACCCCUGCCCAUAUCAAAGACCGCUCACAGAAUUGGAAAUAUUUGAAAAUUUAAAUCCUGGUUAUAAAUGUGAGAGGUAUCAUGAUUUGGACACAAUGAAAGAGCUUUACAGCCGUGUUAAAAAGCCACGCGACAAAUUAUGGAACUUGAAAGUGGAGACCCUGAAGAACGCUGUUUGUAAUUUGGACGAUCGUGAAAAACGUGUUUUAUAUUUCAAUGAGCUAUCUUCUCUCUUAAUGGCGCUGCGGCGAGCAUCGCCUAAAAAUUCUGAAAUAGUAUACGAAACGCGAAGAACUCAAACCAGUUUACUGUGUGUCAGGGCUAUGAUCGGUAAAUUCAUUGAAGAAUGGGAAAAUCUCAGAGAUAGUUUGAAAGAUGGAUUUCUUAAGGCUUUGGAAAUUUCAAAUAAAAAUGGUUCGGGAGAUUCAAAUAACCGAUUGUCGACCUCAAGCAAUGAUGCCAUGAAAAUCGACUUUUUGGAAAAGCAGCUCAGGAAUUCAAAAUCAUUUUAUGACACCUUGUAUCUGCAAACAUAUUCUUUGCUGUGUAACUUUUUAGAGGACUUGGUAAAUGUCAUUGAAAGCUCCGAGAUUUAUUAA